GCAUCAGUUCGAGGCCUGCAAAUUCUUGAUCGACCAAGGAGCAGAUCCCAAUGUCUCUGCUGCCAAGUACUAUAUCCCGUCCUGCGAAACACUUUUUCCUACUAAUGUCUUCAUAUUUCGGCACUCUCGAUUGCUGUUAUGCGCGGCUCUCCAUUACCAGGUUUCGCCCAGAUGUUCUAUCUUUUCCAACGGACAGUCGACAUAUCGGAUCCCUUUGACAUUGCCGAUUCAGAGUAUUUUUAUGUCACAAUCACAAAUUCUUUUCAAUGGACAUUCCAAACCAUGUUAUCAUCGUGUAAUGAUCGCGGUACUGACGAGAUUGUCCAAUUUCUUAUCAGGAUGCUGAAACAUCACGGUUGGAAAGGACAUGCUAACAAUGGUUUGCUGCCGCUUGUCAAAUUUCUCUUGGAGGGGAGGGACAUGAAGUUAGUCUGCAAAGUAUGUGACGAUAAAGGUUUCACUUUGCUGAGCAGAUUGCUUCGAUUGUUGAGUAUGGCUACGGGAACCCAUGAGCCGCAUCGACGUAUUAGCGCUCCCUUGGCAAUGGAGAAUGCAAAUGAUGAAUACGGGCGACCCAAACUUUCAGAGAUCUUUGCCAUAGCAUCGACACUCAUACAAAACGGUUCUGAUCUCCACGCUCUCUCCAUGAAUUGGGGACUGUUUAGUACGCCAAUGUUAAACAUCAUGUGCGGGUCGGUUUAUUGGUGGAAUCGAACUCCGGUACCAGGGCUUAUGAGUUGGCUUCAUCUUCUGAAGAGGUGUACUAUAGAUCUUGAGGAGUAUGGGCGAAUGGAAAAGCACAUACAUUUAACGCUGGAAGUUAAGCGUAGCUGGCGCGGGCUCAAACUCAACCCGCCACGUCGGUUCUGUGGCAUUCAAUCCGAGAAGAUAAAACCGGAAAGACCCUUCGAAGCCCGCCUUGUCAAUUUCGUGUUUGGACCUGAGCCUGAUGAUUGGCAGUUUUGGUUCACACACGAUCUUGAGCGUUGGUUCUGCGAUUUCUGGGAAAUGAUCGAGCACCCGGAAAGAGGAAUGCCUGGGUCUUGGACGGACUUCGCUGAAGACAAGAAUUUCCACAGUCGAGAUCAUAGGAAGGAGGCAUCGUCUACUAGAAAGAAGUGCCUUCACGAAGAUAACUUCAAUAAGCGAUGGUGUUUAGAUCAAUGAAGCGUUAGCAUCAACCUUCACUGCACAUCAAGAUCUCAG